CAACCUGUGCGCGCGGGACUCUCGCGGACGCCGAAUCACGGCGAAGGAGACGCGACGCGAGGUCGACUUUUCCCACCGGCUCCGAACCCGGGAGCGCGCGCGUCGAUGACCCGACUCGCGGCGGUUGGCGACUUCUGCGAUCCACACGGAGCCCGGAGCGCGUGAAAGGAUGAUGCUCAACUUUUUCCCGGUGCGGAAAUUCAAGCGGCACGGCAGAUAUAUUGUGUUCGGGGCGGUGCUGAUGGUCGCGUUACUCGCGGCUUAUCUGGAGUUCAUGGCCAUGAACGAGUGGAGCAGCCCCGGUGUAACCGUCCACAGUGAAAACAUCGCCUGGGCUGCUCGACAUGCGGCUAACAUUUUUGAAGAUCGCAUCGGCGACGAUAAACAUAAAGACAACUGGACACCAAAAAACACUCGACAGACAUGGAGGGUGGAGUAUAAAGGAAUGGCAAAUCUUCACAUAUUUGAGGACUGGUGUGGCACGUCUGUAUCUCAACUGCGGAAGAAUCUGCAUUAUCCUUUAUAUCCCCACACUCGUACAACUGUAAAGAAACUUGCUGUUUCACCCAGAUGGACCAAUUAUGGGCUCAGGAUAUUUGGAUACAUACAUCCUUAUACUGAUGGUGACUUUCUGUUUGCAGUGGCGUCUGAUGAUAACAGCGAGUUCUGGCUCAGUGACGAUGAAAAUCCUGACAAUCUGAAGCUCCGUGCUUACGUCGGAAAGACAGGCAGAGAAUGGACUGCUCCGGGGGAAUAUGGGAAAUACGCCAGUCAGAUAUCAGAUCUCAUUUCUCUGCAAAAGAACAAUAAAUAUUUCUUUGAGCUUAUCCACAAACAAAACAAUAAAGGAACGGAUCAUGUGGAGGUUGCGUGGCAACUCAAACAGAUGGGGAGUGGAUUUUCAAUCAUCGAUUCCAAGUUCAUCUCCCUCUACAGCAAUGAGUCGUCACUGAAGACAGCAGAUGUCAAUGACAUUCCUCAGACUUUUGCCAGUCAUGUGACUCCGCCCCAGAGGUCUUCUGAGACUCCGCCCCACGGAGCAGACAUACUGAGAACAGAUCCACGUGACUCGUUUCAUCGGCUUCCAUUAUUGGACAGGACGCGUUUGCAGGGAGUUUUACCUGACUGUAUUUAUAACCCCAGCUACAUCAUAAAGGGAUAUCCUCUAAUGCGCUACCAGGGCCUGCAGUUUGUGCAUCUCACGUACGUGUAUCCUAAUGACUACACACGGCUCACACACAUGGAGAGUGAAAACAAAUGUUUCUACCGUGGGAAUCCAUACUACAUGGAAAGAUACGGCUUCUCAAACUACAUUCAGCUGGAUCUGCCUGAAAGUGAGGAGACGGUGAUCAAAUACAAAGGAGAUGGCAUGAUGGGCAGAGGUGAAGAUGAGGGCUUUCAGAAAGCUGAAAAGUAUGAGGAGGAGAAGAAAAUGAAAUUUAUGGAGCAGAACAAAGUUCUCCCGGAUUAUGGAGAUGAUUUUGAUGAUUAUUCAAUGCAGAGACGCCGUAAGCUGUUUUCUGUCCAGAAACAUGGCAUAAUCAGAAAGAAAAGGAAAGACGGGGGGCUAGACAACAGAUUUCAGCAGAUGGACCAAGACAACCAACCCAAGGUACUCCAAAAACCUCCUGAAGAACCACAGAUCCACCCAGAGGAACCACAGCAGCAACCAAGAAAGAAGAAGAAAAGGAGACGUCCUGAACAAAACCAGCAGGACCAACACUACCUCCAAAACCCACCUUCUGAGGUGAAGAACUAUGACCAAAGAAAAGAAAAAGACUCCCAAAGGUUUCAGAAUAACAUGGAGAAGAUGCCAGAUCAGCAGAAUCCAGCUCAUAGAGAGGAUCGCCUGAGGUCAGAGGUGAAACAACAAGUGGACCAAUCCCUUAAUCAAGAUGGUAGAAUUGAGCCACUUAAAGCCAAAUACCUCAACAGUAGUGAUGGAAAUCCAAAUCUUGGUGCUGCUAGAGAUAGAAAUAUGCCUUUGGAGAACAUACGAGAAGCCAGUGAGUUGAAGCAAAGAUCAGUGACCAAUUCUGUCAUGUUUCAUGAGGUUCAUAGCGAACGUCAUGACCUUGUGAAUCGGAUGGGUAAUCGAAAAGUCCAUCUAGGAGAAGCUCCCAAGACCUCAUUAGAUGAGGUGAAAGUAAAGACGACCAAGCUGAAGAACACUGCAGAUGAACUGCCAUCCUUGAACGGCAAUGAAGUCAAAGCUGAACCGGUGAAGAAGCUCAAACACCCAAAACAUAAAGCGGAUGAAGCGGUGCAUGUUUUGCAGGACAACCCCAAAAAGGCUAUAAUAGAUGAUAACAAUAUUCCCAUCAUGCGCAAAAGUGGGGCUCAUCGUCAAAUUACCCAACGUCCACACCAAAACUCAUCGCAUAACGAGACCAAUGAGCGUGAAGCGAUGGUCAUCGAGGCUCCAUCUGACAAAGAAUAUAAUGCGAUACAUGUAGAAGAGGUUGAAGAUAGAGGAGACGAAGAAGACACUUGGGUGAAUCAGGGUUUCUCGGAGGAAGAAGACUACGACCUCCUCAACAAGGCUGUGUUUGACGUGGAAGUCAAGUGGUCUCAGACGUUCCAGGCCAAACUCCUAGAUCUGCAUGCCUUGCGCUCCGACUGGAUCGAUCUGAAGUGUAAUGUGUCUGGAAACCUGCUGCUUGAGGAAUCAGAAGCAUUGUCUGUUGUGGAAGCUUACAUGAAGAAACUAAACAAGAAAUUUCCAAGGCAGUUCUCUCUAGAGCGAAUUGUGAACAUUGAGAAGAAGCCUGAUUAUAAUCGUGGCAAUAGAUACCUACUGGAACUGGACCUGCAGGAGGCUUCAGGACGCCACCUGCGCCUGGUUCAGUACGUCUACAUGAAAAGAACCGAAGGCCGUUCUUACAAAAAACUAAAGGCUCUGGACACAGAACUUAAACUUUGCAAUCCAUACAGCUUCUACUGGAAACCAACUGCCACUGUCCACUUCAUCAUCCCAGUAAAGAACCAGGCCCGUUGGGUGCAGCAGUUUAUUUCAGACAUGGAGGAGAUGUACCGCACCACUGGAGAUCAAAACUUCAACGUCAUCAUUACUGACUAUGAAAGCACUGAUAUGAACAUAGAACAAGCGCUACAGAACUCUUAUUUACCCAGGUAUCAGUACCUCAGGUUAAGUGGAAACUUUGAGAGAUCAGCAGGACUGCAGGCAGGAAUAGACCUCAUUUCUGAUGAUCACAGCAUUGUGUUUCUUUGUGAUCUGCACAUUCAUUUUCCUCCUGGCUUCAUUGACACUGUGAGAAAACACUGUGUGGAAAAACACAUGGCCUUCGCUCCAAUAGUCAUGAGAUUGAACUGUGGUGCUACACCCCUGGAGCCAGAUGGUUAUUGGGAGGUCAAUGGCUUUGGUCUUCUGGGCAUUUAUAAAUCAGACCUGGACUCCAUUGGAGGCAUGAACACACAAGAAUUCACUGACCGCUGGGGCGGAGAGGACUGGGAACUACUGGACAGGAUCCUUCAGGGUGGGCUGGAGGUGGAACGACUCUACCUGAGGAACUUCUUCCAUCACUUUCACUCGAAGCGUGGAAUGUGGAACCGCCAGACGCUGCACAACACGUAAACAUGUCCACAGUCUCGCCGCUGCUGAUCAGCCGUUACCAUGGCACUUUAAACCUCAGGACAUUCCAGAUGUGCUCCAGAUCACAUCUGACCGAAGGUGAAUGUGAGGUGAUCGUUUAAUGGAAACACACACAGAGACUCAGGACAAAGACGACUGUGAUGUUUGGCUUGAAGAUGAGAUGUUGCAUCCAGAUCUCUCCAGUUCAUUUCCAAAGUUGGAAUGUUCUCCAAAGAUUGCUAUCAAAAAAAAAAUAACUUCAAAGGAACUUAUGAAAGCUAUCGAUGGCUUAAGUUAUUGAUGUUGUUAUUGUUGUCACUUCCAGGUCAAUAAAAUGACCUCAUGUUCAAUGAGAUGUAUAUACUGAGAAAAUGUGUAUUUAUUCAGGUAUGUGAGUGUCUCGGGUGAGGGUUGACUUUGCACACUGUUACGUAUGUUUUAUGCUGUGCGCCCUGUUUAGUGGCCAAAACCAAAGAGAUGUGCAAUAUUCACAGAGCCUGUUGGUCUAAGAAAGUCAAUGAUUUCAGGUUGUGUUUAAGAACAUGUCUUGGCCAUAUCAUCCCCAAAAUACAAAAGAAAAGAAAGGAAUAGUUUUUAGUUGUUUUCACAGAAGUUAAGCACACUGUUCUCCCAAUUUCUCAUUUCUGUAAUGCAGUCCAAUAGCCAUAUUAAAUGUGCACGUCAUGGUAGCACUGCUCUUUAUGCCGAUUUAAAAAUAAAACAAUGUUAUUUUUACUAUAAUACAAUACAUGACAAAUUUUGAUACGAUGUGCUUAAUUGGCAUUUAACAUCCUGUCACAGUACCUUAAUUUAAGGAUGAAUUAUUAUGCAAAAUGGAAUGAAUUUAUGAAAUGACCUAGCCAUGUUUUCUGCCAUAUAUGCCAUUUUGUAGUGGUGUUGAAGGGGUUUUAAAGCUCUUUUAGUACAAAUGAAAGGGUUUUCCAGCUUCGUGACACAUUCCAGUGAUGAAGAAAAUCUUGAAUUAGACUGAUUCAACCCUGUACAGUAUUACUUAAAACAAUCCUAAUAUUCAUCAAACACACGAUCAUUUUCGGUUCUUGUUUUCCCAGUGAAAACUAACAAGACAUGUUCACUCAGAAGUGCCUUCUGUUGUAUGUGACUGUGAGGAAAUCUGAUUUUGCAAAGGUAUUUGCCGCUUUUUUUUUUUUUCUAUACCUUGUGGCUGGUUUGUUUUUUGGUGGACUUUUUUUUUCUUAAAAGAAUGUAAUGAAUUGUAGAUCUGACCUUCACUUAAUGUGUUACUUAACAUUCAAGUCGUUUAUUUAUUUUUCCACAUUUUUGUAAGCAGCAAAACGGAAAUGACCUUCGACUCGUUUGUGCAGAUCACCAGCAACCUUAAAAUAAAGUUUCUUCAGAUUUCUCCAUUAA